AUGCUCGGCGUACGUGCGGGUGUCUAUGGCGUGCGGGUGCUCGCCAGCGCGAGCCGGCCGGUGCCUCGAGUACCAUGCAUCGGCUGGGCGCUGCGUGCGAGUCCGCUGCAGGCCAGCGUGCGUUGCUUUCAGAACCGCGCCGAGCCGCCGCGCGACGAGCCGAAACAGGUGGCCGGUCAAAAGCCGCGCAAUGUUGCGCCCCCGCCCCUGGAGGAGCCCGAGAUCCGGUACAGGGAUAUCCUCGGCAAGCUCUUGCAGCAUGUGUGGCCCAAGAAUGACAAUGGGACCAAGUUCCGCGUGGUGCUUGCGCUGUCGCUCCUGCUGGCCGGCAAGCUGCUCAACGUGCAGGUGCCCUUUUUUUUCCGCGGCGUGAUCGACCAGCUGAAUGAGACGUUUUCCGAGCCGCUGACGCUUACCAACCCCAACACGCUGUGGGUCGUGGCGGGCUCGUCGAUCAUCGGCUACGGCCUCGCGCGCAUCGGCGCGACGGCCUUUUCGGAGCUGCGCAACGCGGUCUUUGCCAACGUCGCGCAGCGCUCGAUCCGCACGAUCGCGCGCAGCGUCUUUGCGCAUCUCCUCACGCUCGACUUGAGCUGGCACCUGUCGCGCCAGACGGGUGGCCUGACGCGUGCGAUCGACCGCGGAACCAAGGGUAUUUCGUUCCUCUUGAGCUCGAUCGUGUUCCAUAUCGUGCCUACCGCGCUUGAAAUUUCGCUGGUGUGUGGCAUUCUGAGCUACAAGUGCGGCCCAUCCUACGCGGCGGUCGCCGGGUUGACGAUGCUCGCCUACGCCUGGUUCACCGUGCGCACGACCGCAUGGCGCACCAAGUUCCGCCGCGAGGCGAACCUGGCUGACCAGCGCGGCGCGACCACCAGUCUCGAGUCGCUGCUCAAUUUUGAGGCGGUCAAGUACUUUAACAACGAAAAGCACGAGGUGCUCAAGUACGACCGCUCUUUGCAAAACUACGAGACGGCGAGCGUGCGUGUGGCGACGAGUCUGGCGGCGCUCAACUCGGGCCAGAACGCCAUCUUCUCGACCUCGCUUACGCUCAUGAUGAUGAUGGCUGCGCAAGGCGUCGCGAACGGCACCAUGACGAUCGGUGAUUUGGUGAUGAUCAACCAGCUCGUCUUUCAGCUCUCGCUGCCCCUCAACUUUCUGGGCUCGGUCUACCGCGAGAUGCGCCAGAGUUUGAUUGAUAUGGAGGCCAUGUUCAAGCUGCAGAGCCAGCCGGCAGCGAUCAGCGACACGGCGCACCUGCCGCUGCUCGAGGCGCCGCGCGGCGAGAUCCGCUUCGAGAACGUGACGUUUGGCUACUACCCCGACCGCCCGAUCUUGAAAAACUGCUCCUUUACGAUCCCGGCGGGGACCAAGACGGCGCUCGUGGGCCCGUCGGGGUGCGGCAAGUCGACCAUCUUCCGCCUGCUCUUCCGCUUCUUUGAGCCACAGAGCGGCAAAAUUUACAUCGACGGCCAAGAGAUCAAGGACGUCUCGCUCGAGAGCCUGCGCCAGGCGAUCGGUGUCGUGCCCCAAGAGACGCCGCUCUUUAACGAUACCAUUUGGGAGAACCUGCGCUACGGCAAGCUCUCGGCCUCGGACGACCAGGUGCGCCACGUUGCGCAGCUCGCGCACGUCGACAGGUUCAUCAGCCGCCUCCCGCAUGGCUACGAGACGCGCGUCGGCGAGCGCGGCCUGAUGAUCUCGGGCGGCGAGAAGCAGCGCCUGGCCAUUGCGCGCAUGCUCCUUAAAGACCCCAAGAUCCUCUUUUUCGAUGAGGCGACCUCGGCACUCGACUCGCAGACCGAAACGGAGCUCAUGCGCAACGUCAACUACCUCUUGCGCGACAUGCACCGCACCUCGAUCUUUAUCGCACACCGCCUGCGCACCAUCGAGGACGCAGACUUGAUCCUCGUGCUCGGCGAUGGAAGCGUGACGGAGAAGGGCACGCACGCCUCGCUCCUGGAGCAGCACGGCGUGUACUGGGACCUCUGGAACGCCCAGAUCGCCAGCAUCAUGGAGCAGAGCGACCAGGCCGCGGCAGAGACCGCCGCAGAGGACGCGGCCGAACACCGUAGCGAGCCGCCGCGUGGCUAG